GUGCACACCUGGACGAUGUUCAGUCUAGAAACUUACCCCGCAUUGUACCUCGCCUACCUGACCGCCCCGCCAGCAACCACCCUCACCCCGCCUUCCACCUCCUGCCCCGCCUCCUCCUCCUCCUCCUGCCGUCGCUCGAGGAGUCCUCAUAGUGGUGCCUACCCCUCUCUCGGCAACGCACGGCGAGCUACCUCCGCGCCGCCAGGGGAGUGUCGUUCGUGUGGCGUGCCCCUCAGGGUGUUCAGAAAGUGCUGCGCGAUCCGGCUCCCCGAGAACAUGACGGCUCACCUGUGUAUCACCACCUACAGGAGUCCUGACAACUCUGUGCUUAAGCUCGAGUUAUGCUUCGUUGGACAAGACUGCCAGAGGAUUCCCAGCAUUCUCGGGGCGACCUACGGACUUCAGACCAAGCGACUGGACCUCUCCUACAAUGCUAUAAGAUCUCUGGAAGGCUUAGAGAAAUUCCCAUACUUAGAGGAACUCGUGCUGGACAACAACUAUAUAGAUGACAGCGUGAUGAUUCCCUACCUGGAUACUCUGCACACCCUUUCACUCAACAAGAAUAAGGUGACCAACCUCGACAAACUCCUGGACCAGGUGAGCGUGCAACUGCCCAACCUGCGUUACCUGAGUCUCCUCGGCAACGUGGCCUGCCCUGACCAGCUCUCCUCCUCCGAUAUGGACGAGAGAGACUACAAGAGAUAUAGACUGUACGUCCUACACCGCCUCCCAUCCUUGAAAUUCCUGGAUUCGACGGGCGUGAGGAGAAGCGAGCUGCGGGAGGCGAGGAAGCGGGGGGCGCUGACGAAGGUGAUUCGACCGGGGUUGGAGUCUGCACAAAAUUCAUUGGGCACAGGCGGGGACGCGCAGGUGGCCUCUGUAGAGACUAGCAUGAGAGCCAAGAGAAUGAACGGGGAAAGCAAGAAUGGCACAACGAUCAAGCGGGAGAAUGCGGACACGCCGACGCACCCACAGCAUACAGGCGCGUACGGAAUCCGUCGGUACAAAUAUGUCGGACAUAAUUCAGAGGGAAACCGCUUCAUCUGUAACGAACAUCUCUGAGAGGAGCUCACCUGUGUCUUCGGCCUCGUCAGCGUCCCACUACCAAGACGAACUCACGGCCUCGCAGUCAAGUCAGAGGCUCGUGCUGGUGGGGGAGAUGAGCCUCUGAGCCUUUGAGAGGAUUGGAGGGAGAUGGAGAAGGGGGGGGGUUAUGGUGGAGAUUGUGUUGGUCGAGAGGGGGAAGUUUUGACAUUUAAAAACCGCUUUUGAACUCGGGUAUGAGGUUUUCUAUGUGUAUGUGUGGUUUGGUGUAGAUAUUGUUUGUCAAGAAGAAAUAUAAAAAAGAAAAAGCUUUUGAAGUAACGUGGUGUGUGUUUUUUUUUAAAUUCUUUUUUUUUAUGUGUAUAAAAGGGUGAUUUUCUCCCCCCCGAACCCAUAGUAUUGAAAAGGUCUAGAAAUGUCUGAAUGUUUCUGAAUGUAUAUAAGAAACGGAACUGGCCAGUGUACAGUCAUGGACAUCCAAAACUCGCACAGAGGACGUGGGUUGAGAACACAUGAUAAAGUCAAGAGGAUGUGGAAGUUUAACCCAUGAGGACAAGUGUGUAUUGGGAUCCCAAAAGAGACUGGUGUGAUGUAUUGCCAGGAUAAUGGGUUCGUGUGAGCAGUUGUAAUGGAAAACGAGUGGAUAGCAAGUGCUGUGUUCGUGAAUGUUGAUAUAUGUUCUAAGAUGAUCUGAAAUAUUUGAGUCUACGCUAAAAUCUCUCUUCGGUAUGUAAUAUGAGUACACCGCAUGCCCUACAGAAACUUCAAAAUAGGUUCAAAGAAGAGGAAGAAGAACAUGUAGAAACAGAAGCAGUAGAAGGAGAAGAACCAACAAGAAAAACAACAAGAAACACACCAUUAAACAAUUUUUUUUGUCUCCCUAAGUUAAUGUAACGCACGAAAGUUUUACAAUAAGUCUCUCUCACACACACGUAAGACUAUUUAGUAUAGACAGUUAAGGGACACGUUAGAAUCUAUAUACAUAUUGACUUGAAACUAAAUAUAUGGAUUACAUAUUAUAUACAUAUUAACUUAAAGAUUACAUAUAUGAAUUAUACAUAUCAGCUUGAAGACUAAGUGUAUGUAUUCUUAUGAUUGGGUGAACUUGCAUGUUUGUUGACUUAAAAGCCUACUUGUAAUUACGAAGGACAAGGAUUAAGGAGAAGUAAAAGAAAAGGAUAAAUAUAUGUUUAAAAAAUGGACGAAAAGUAUAUAAAGAGAAAGACGGAACCUUGAGGAGAUUCUGAGGACGCUAGUGAAUAAGAAAUAGAAAAAACGUCAAAGAGAAGAGCGGAGGAUAAACGAAUAAAUAGGAAGAGAAGAACACGGGAUAUUGGGACGAGAGAACGAAAGCAAAGAUAGGGAUAAAGAUAGAAAAAAGGACACAAUUAUAAACAAGGACAGAGUUAGAAACAAAAGCGAUGAUAGAAACAGGGAUUAAGACCACAAAAGGAGAGCAAAACACAUAAUAUAUAUUAGUAUGAAUAAGGAAUCAGAAAAAAAAAACACUAAUGUAAAUGGCAG